UUAACAUCUGUAAACACAAACUGCAUCUAGUUACUUGUCUUAAUCUUCAACUGACACAUUCUCAAAAUCCCUUCAUAAUCCUCUCAAUAUUGGUUCAUCUCUUCAUAUUAUUUGUUUUCAACUUUGUAAAAAAGUUUUAUUUUAUUAUUUUCAAAAUUGUCAUCAUUAAUUGUCUAAUGGGAGGCAAUAAUUCUAGAUUGAUUAAUCAAAGUGGAUCAGGAGAUGCAUUGCCAGCAAAAUUCCGUCCUCUUCUUCGACAACGAAUUGAAGAGUUUAGAAAUCGUAGGAAUGCACGAAGAGAAGAAAGCGCAAUGUCCAAGAAGGAGCUAUUGAAGGACGAUGAUCGUAGCUCUAAUGCACGGUCUUCUAAUGCAAAUGAAACUUUGGAAGAAACUCGGCUGCACAAAGACGAGAAAACCACAACAUGUGUGCCGGUAGAAAAACUCUCUCAAGUUGCUCCAUUGCUUGUUUAUGAGUCCCGAAAUGGGAAGGAGGAGGAGGAGCGUAAAGGACACAAAGAUCACGUUGAAAAGAAGAUAGCAGCGAUAAAGAGUGCAUUGCUAGAGGAUGAAAAUAAACACGAUGAUGAAAAGGAGGAAGAAGAAAACGAGGAUGAAGAUGAGAACGAGGAUGACAUUGGUAGACUUAUAGGUCCUAGAUCGCCAAGUUUUAGAAUAUAUUGCAUUGAGGCCGAGGAGAGAAAGGAAAAAGAAUUAUGCGACACUGACACACAUGUAGUUAGUGAAUAUCCAGACGAGAAAGAGAAUCAAGACAAUGACGUGCACCGCAAGUCACUCAGUACGAAUAGUGAUGAAAGUGUGACAUCUGAAUCAGAGAACUCCGACUACUCAAACGAGGUUGUUAAAACGGAGACAACUCCGAAGAAAAAAGGACAUCAUAAGAGAAAGAAAUUGGAGGCGAUAAAGAAGAAUUUACUAAACGUUAAGAAUAUACAGAAAAAUAGAAUGAACAGAAUGAUGACUUGCACUGGCGGGAACAAUGAUAGAAACAGCUUAAUUAUGUAAUAACUUAGAAAUAAGUUAUUAUUUAGAAUACAACCAGA